AUGGCAGCCUCUGGCGGAAGCCACUGGGAAUGGGAGCCGGUUGUCCGCAGCGACCUCUUGGCUCGUGGCUUCCACUCGUGCAACGUGGUGCAAGGAAAGCUCCUGAUUUUUGGGGGGCUGAAGGCGCAGGAGCCACCCCUCGGAGAUGUGGUGGCCUUUGACCCCGCCGCCCAGACGGUCCGCACGCUUGCUCCUGAAUGCGGGUACCGCCGCAGCCACCAUGAGGCUGUGGUGCUGGGCGACCGCUUCCUGUGUGUGGUGGGUGGCUGGGAUGGCUCCCGCAGGGUCUCGGACGUGUCCUGUUUCGAUGCUGAGCAGAGGCAGUGGGAACGCUGGACAGCGAGGCCGUCCAACGAGGCCCCCGUGGGGCUGAGCAGCCACACCUGCACCAAGCUGACCGAGGGUGAAUUGCGGGUGGUGGGCCGUGAGGGUGGCCUACGCACCCAGCGGCGCUACGCCAGCAUCUUCACGUUGCACGUCCAUCCUGGCAGCAAGACCUACUGGUACAAAGAAGAGGCAUCGCGGACAGCGUCACGGGCCGGCCACUCUGCCAUGCUGCUGCAGGACCACAGCCCGAAGGGAAAGAGCGGCGGCUACAAGCUGCUGGUCUUCGGGGGGCGCGAUUCUGCCGACUGCGAUGUGGCCGGGCAGUGGGGGAAAGGGAAGAUCCACGUGGAGUCCGCCCAGGCCCCUGAGCUGACCGAGCACCUGUCUCGCUUAGUCAGCACCGAGAAGGGAUCCCGGCAGGCCCCCAAGGGCCUGAGGCACCAUUCCUGCACGGUGGUUGGGCCUUUCGCCAUCAUCUUCGGAGGCGAGACCCUGGCGAGGGGGCGAGAUGCCAUCUGCAAUGAUCUGUACAUCUACGACACCAGGGCUUCACCGGCAAACUGGUUUCACUUUCCUUCUGCCAACCCGGCCCAGAAGAGAUGCGGCCACCGAACUUGCCUCUGGAACGAUAAGCUGUACCUUGUUGGUGGGCUUGGAGCUGAUGGCAAGACCCCUUGCCCAGAGAUCUGUACCUUGAAGAUCUCACCGUGACAUUGAGAAUUCUGCUG